UCGACUCGUGGCGUCGGCAUCAAGUCUGAAAGCAGACGCGCAACUUUCGCAGAAUCCACCUUAAAAUCUCUGCCUUAAACUGCACCAGCCCCCAAAAAUCCGAGGGGGGAAGGCAAGGGGGGAGAGCAGAGCCCCCCUCCCCCUCUCCUCUCCCAUCCCUCCUCCUGCCUCCUCCCUUUGAGUUAACAAGGCCCCGCUCACUAUAUCUCUUUAUAUUAAAAAUAUAUAUAUUCGAGAAGAGCGAGCGAGAGGGAGAGCCGCCUCCACCCCCUUUUAAUUUUUUUUUAUUUUUUUAUUUUUGCAAGGAUCCAAAGAGCUAAAGGUGGCUGCGGAGGGGAGAGCGGCGCGCGCCAAGUGGGGGAGGGUGGAGGAAACCCGGGAGAAGGCUUUCUCCAGCCCCCAAAGUUUUGAUGAUGACCAUGACCACGAUGGCUGACGGCUUGGAGGGCCAGGACUCGUCCAAAUCCCGCGGGGACGACACAGAUCAACAAAAAACUACAGUGAUUGAAAACGGGGAAAUCAGGUUCAAUGGAAAAGGGAAAAAGAUUCGGAAGCCUCGGACCAUUUACUCCAGCCUGCAGCUCCAGGCUUUAAACCACCGCUUUCAGCAGACUCAGUACCUGGCCCUUCCUGAGAGAGCCGAACUGGCAGCCUCCUUAGGACUGACACAAACACAGGUGAAGAUAUGGUUUCAGAACAAACGCUCCAAAUUUAAGAAACUUCUGAAGCAGGGCAGCAACCCCCAUGAGAGCGACCCCCUCCCAGGCUCAGCGGCCCUGUCACCACGCUCGCCGGCGCUGCCUCCAGUGUGGGACGUUUCUGCCUCAGCCAAGGGUGUCAGUAUGCCCCCUAACAGCUAUAUGCCCGGCUACUCGCACUGGUACUCCUCUCCACACCAGGACACGAUGCAGAGACCACAGAUGAUGUGAGCUGCCCAAGGGUGUGCCCUGGGGAACGUCUGAACAAGGCAAGGAGGGCCUGGGACCUGCUCACCUCUGCCAAACCAAUCCAAGGAGCAGACUCGGAGAACUUGUAUGUGUGGCCAGAAGCCGCAGGGCUCAUUCUCCCUCGCUCUCUCCCUCUCUUUUCUUUUCACCCCUCCUUCUCUUUCCUCCAUUUUUUCUUUUCUACCUUCUUUUUCUUUCUUUUUUCCUUUAUUUUCCUCAUUUGACUUCUCUCUUCAGCAACCUCUGUAACUGAUCUUGCUGGGGGGGGGCUGGUUUCUGUGCCAGCAUUCCUGAAACCCCUCACUGUAAGGAUAUUUUUCCUCUUACCCCUUGGGAUCCAGGCUCUGAGCCCCCUCCUCUCUUUGGGGAGUAUUCAUUGAAAUGACUUUUUUUAAAAUAGAAAUUCCCCCCCACACCAGAAGAAUCUGCAUAAACAUGGCAGCGUUUUUACUUGUUUAAUGAGCUUAAGACAUUACAUGAUGGAAGAGAAGCAUUUUGGACUCCUGCAUUUUUAUUUACCAAUCCCAGACUGACCAAAAAAAGAAAAACCCUCACAAAAUAGCCCUUCUCUAAAGAAAAAGGAAAGAUCAGCCGUAAGAUUAGAAUGUUGCUACACAGGGAAUGCUGCAUGUUUUAUUAAAAUGCAAGAAUCAGGAAUGAUGAUGGAUAAACAAACAAACAAAGCAAAACCACUCCUUUCCCCAUCCCAUCCCCAACCCCUGAACUGGGAUCAGGAAAGACAGAGAAAACAACCAAAAUUACGUCUAUUGCGUUGACACCUUUACUAGGUGAAUUGGUGGCAUUCGCUAAGCUAAUAGGGACGUUUAUAUCAAGAAACAUUUCUGUAUAUAUUGUUGAAUUUUAGUUGUACAUAUACUUUGUAUGUUUUUGUCUUUCAUAUAUGGAGUAAAAGCCACAAAAUGCUGA